AUGGCGGCCACGGCGGGCAGAGCGCUGCCGCUCCUCCUCUGCGGCCGCCGCCCCGCCGCACUCACCGCCGCCGCCGGCCGCUUCCCGGCGCUGGGCCGGCGCCGCCAGCAGCAGCAGCGACACCGGACGGUGCAUCAGCGGCUGUCUCCUUGGCAGAGCGUGAGGGUGGUGUAUUGCAGUACCGUAGUGCCAUCUGAUGAAGUGACGGUGGUUUACCAAAACGGGUUGCCUGUGAUUUCUGUGAGUCUUCCAUCGCGGCGUGAGCGCUGCCAGUUCACCCUGAAACCCAUCUCAGACUCUGUCGGGGUGUUCUUGCAACAGCUGCGGGCAGAGGACAGAGGAAUUGAUCGGGUUGCAAUCUACUCAGCAGAUGGCACACGAGUGGCCUCCUCCACGGGCAUAGACCUGCUUCUGCUGGAUGACUUCAAGCUGAUCAUUAAUGAUGUCUCGUACCACGUCAGACCACCAAAGAGAGAGCUCUUAAGCCAUGAAAAUGCCACGACGCUGAAUGAUGUGAAGACGUUGGUUCAGCAGUUGUACACAGCCUUGAGCAUCGAGGAGCACCAGCUGAACAAGGAGAAGGAGCUGAUAGGGAGACUAGAGCAAUUGAAGGAGCAACUAGCACCUCUAGAAAAAGUAAGGAUGGAGCUCAGCAGGAAAGCAGAGAAGAGGACAACCUUGGUGUUGUGGGGAGGCCUGGCCUACAUGGCCACUCAGUUUGGGAUUCUGGCCCGCCUGACCUGGUGGGAAUAUUCUUGGGACAUUAUGGAACCAGUGACCUAUUUCAUCACCUAUGGUAGUGCCAUGGCAAUGUAUGCUUAUUUCGUAAUGACCCGCCAGGAAUAUGUUUAUCCAGAUGCCAGAGACAGACAGUACUUACUAUUUUUCCAUAAAGGAGCCAAAAAGACAAGAUUUGAUCUAGAGAAAUACAAUCAACUCAAGGAUGCAAUUGCUCAGAAUUGGACCUUAAGAGGCUUCGAGACCCACUGCAAGUUCAUCUGCCCAUCCAGCAAAUUUCUGAAAAGGACUGAUCAGCAAAGAAGCUCUGAACCCCGGCAAAAAACCUGUUCAUAGCUCUUGCCUUUUUUAAUUAAAGCAUUGC